UGCAGAAGCCCUGGCGUUUUCCUCGUCUUCCGACCUGCCGUCAACAAUAUCGUUGUCUUGCAAGCGGGGGGUGUACGGCACACACCAUGCCAUUCAUGCCAUCCAUGCGUCGCACGGCCCAUGGCCCCAGUCCGCCUGACAUGCCGUCCAUACAUAUGAAGCACACUCCAUAGAAACCCUAUUCGAACAUCCUGACUCGUGCAGUCCUGAUCAUCCUAUAAGUUCGCCAGGCAUCAUGCGUCUUCCCAGCCCCUGCAUCCUUGUCUCCUCGCAUUUCCUUGUCCACCCUUCCUUGUCUCUUCCAGCAUGAUUUUCCACCCUGCAGCGACGGCCCCAGUGCCUUGCACCGAUGUAAUUUCGUAUAUCUUCUCCGACCCGCCUUACGACCACGAUGAGCCGAUCUACAUUGAUGUACAUAAUCCGACGCGCACGAUAUCUUACAAUCAAGCUCGAAGCAUCAUCCGCCAACUCAUCGCGGGCUUACGCGCCUGGGGCGUGCAAAAGGGCGACUGUGUCGCCAUCCACUCUUUCAAUGAUAUCUACUACACCAUGCUAGUCCUCGCCAUCGUCGGUGCAGGCGGGAUCUUCACGGGCUCGAAUCCAUCAUAUACCACCCUCGAACUCAGCCAUCAUUUCCGCGCCUCGGAUACGAAAUUUAUCAUCACCGAGCCAGAGCUUCUCGGUCCGAUUACGGUGGCUGCGAAAGAGGUGUCCAUCCCGGCACAACAUAUCCGGAUCUUCAACAUUCUGGGCCAGUCAGUACCGGAGGGAACGGUGUCCUGGACGGAAUUACUCGAGCACGGGGAAGAGGAUUGGGUGAGGUUUGACGAUGAGGUGCUUGCGAGUAUGACUACCGCUGCGAGGCUGUUUAGUAGUGGGACGACGGGGCUUCCGAAGGCGACGAAUAUCACGCAUAUGAAUUUUGUGGCGGAACAUGAGCUCGUGUUUGAGUUGAAUCCAAGGCCGUGGCGGGUCAGCAGAGUCAUGCCCAUGCCACUCUUCCACGCCGCUGCCGCUCCGAGCAGCCACUUUGGGAGUCUCAAAGCCGGCCACAUCAACUACGUCAUGCGACGCUUCGACCUCACUUUGUUCCUCGAGACCAUGGAAAAGUACAAGGUCACUGAGAUAACCGUCGUCCCGCCUAUUGCCAUCGCCAUCAUCAUGCACCCCAUGUCCUACGAACGGGGCUAUCUCCGCUCGGUCCGCGCGAGUAACCUGGGCGCGGCACCGAUGGAUAAGAACGCCCAGAAGCGGUUUCAGGAUCUGCUGGGGCCGGGUGCAAACUGUACGCAGGUCUGGGGGAUGACGGAGACGUGUUGUAUCGCGACGAUGCUUCGGUGGGAUGAGGAGGAUGAGACGGGGUCGGUGGGGAGAUUGGUGCCGAAUUUGGAGGCUAAGUUAGUCGAUGACGCUGGUACGAAUAUUUCCGACUACGGAGUACGAGGCGAGCUCUGCGUGCGCGGUCCUACGGUCACGCCAGGAUACUUUAACAACCCGGCUGCCAACGCGGAGUCCUUUGACCAAGAUGGCUGGUUCCAUACAGGGGAUAUCGCGUAUUGUGAUGAGGCUACGAAGAAAUGGUACAUCGUGGACCGGAAGAAGGAGCUUAUCAAGGUCCGAGGGUUCCAGGUUGCUCCGCCAGAACUGGAGGCCGUGUUGUUGGCGCAUCCGUUGAUUGUGGAUGCCGCUGUCAUUGGGUUGCGAGAUGUGGUGCCCGGGACGGAACUCCCACGGGCGUAUGUGGUCAGACGGCCAGGAACGGAGGAGCAGAUGUUGACAGAGGAGACCGUCAAGAGGUGGAUGGGGGAGAGGUUAGCGGGAUACAAGGCACUCACGGGAGGUGUCAAGUUUGUAGAGGCGAUCCCGAAGACGGCGAGCGGGAAGAUCUUGAAGAGGGUGUUGAGGGAGGAGAGCCGAAGGGAGGUUAAAGAGGCCACGUUGAGGCCAAAGUUGUAGUGUAUCUGUGUCUAUCUUUGGCGUUGUUGAUUUCUUGUAUCUAGGACGUAGUCAGUACAUACUCGAUACCCCGUGUCCUACCUCCCUUUGACAAUAUAACCUCAGCUGUUCCUGAAC